AUGCUUGGAUUUUUUUUUAUUAUCGUGCAAGAUCGUUUAGUCUCCAAUCAUCUCAUCAUGCCCUCGUUGAAGAAGAAAAACGAAUUCGCCGAUCUGUGGGAUUAUAUUCAAUUUGAUCGAUCUUGUCACAGCAAACUAAUAUUAGAUCUGUUGAGACAUUCGUCUUCUGGGACAUGUAUGAUGGGUAUACUGGGAAUGGGUGCAAGAUCCCUAGCGGUCUCGAUCUCAAAACUGUGUCGGAACAUCGAAUCAGCCCUCCGAGAAGAAGGUUAUGUUGGUAACGUGUCAAUCACGGCUUACGGUACCAAGGAGCAUGUCCGGACUAACGUUCUCCCCGCAGGUUUCACCUUGAAACCUCAUGAAAGGGGAUCCCUGGUUGUUACCAUUAUAUCCGACUUGCAUAUUUGUGCUAUUAAACAUCGCAAUCGAAAAGUAAAUUUGAUGCUUAUCACAGAGGACAAAAUUGGAUUUUACAUGCCAUCUCUGACGUUUCUCUCAGCGCAAGCAGUUGUUAAUGUUCUUGUAGCACAUACAGAUUUACUACCAGUCGAGCUACGUCUUAGUGCGAGUGCCAUGUGGCGUUGGGGAAGGCUAUCCACCGGAGGAAAGCCAUUCUACAGCAUUAACAAUAUCUGGACUAGGUAUUCCGCAGGAUGCUCAACCCCAGAAGACCUUGUUGGAGUCGGUUGGCACCCUCGUACGGUUGCUCGUGUUGAUGACAAUAUUUCUGCUUGUGGCGAAACCUCUCAAGUUUCUCAGUCUUCGGUUCUGCCUAGUAGAAGGCAAAAGCAACGUGAAAGGCAACGCCGUGCCAAACUUCAACAUGAUUGCCUUUGCCAACAUUAA